AUGGAGGGUCGACUGCGUCAUGACACAAGAUUCAGCUACAUCUUCAGAAGCAACCCGUCCGCCUCUAACCUGACAACCGAUUCAGUCAAUGCGACGCAUGCCUUCAAUGUGUUUGAUGGGUGUGAAGACAUGAUGGCUGGUUACAAUUUUGAUCUAGCUAUACAGUCCAUCAACGUGAUCGUAGGAAUACCUGCCAACAUCCUGGUCUUAGCAACCCUGAUAAACACGCGGAAUGAGCCUUCAACUUCUGACAUCUUCCUGGGCUGCCUGGCUUUCAUGGACGCCUACUUUGGAUUUAUGACUAUCAUAGCGUUCCUCAAUCUCUACUACUGGAAAAGUGCUAUGGGUUGGAGGGCUUUGAAAUUCUCUUAUGGCGUUAAAGACACCACCGGGCCGCUCUUCCUCUCGUGUGUCUGUCUGGAUCGAUUUAUAGCCGUUCUCUUCCCCAUCGCAUUCGGACAGUUGAAGGACAUCAAAUACAGGAUCGGCCUGAGCAUUGUGGUUCUGCUGCUCACUUUUGCUUAUGCUUCGGCCAAAGCUGUUGGUGGUCUGCCCAACUUUGAAAAGGUUUUCACUUUUGAGGUCUUGUUUGCUUUUACCUGGAUGGUGGUGUGUAACGUGACCAUCCUCUGGGCCCUGAAACGCUCACGAGGCUCUGGUAAAGAUGAGAUGCAUCCGAUGAAAAGAAAGGCGUUUAAGAUGGUGCUGUCUAUCUUGAUCAUCAUCGUGAGCAACUAUCUCCCUCCACUUGCUCUGUUCCCCUUUGAAGACCAUUAUCCACACAAGAUCUUCACUUGCUAUGUACAGCCAGUGGGUUAUGCCUUCGUAAACAGCAGCAGCACUAUCCAGCCCUUAACUUAUUUGUCCCGCCUGGAGAAAGUACCAUUCUUGCCUGAUUCUUGGGUAAAGAAGUUAAGCUGCAAGGAACAAGACAAGCCCUUAAAGGAAUGCUAG